CGUACACCGAACGAUUGGCUAUUCACAGGAUGUUGCUGAAACAGGUUCUACUGUGCGUAUUUUGGGCCUGUUGCUCUAUGAAGGUAAAUACACAAUCACUCGAUACAUGUGGCUUGACCGAUUCGACAAAGCGAACGCUAUGUGCUGCAAGUGAGUAUGACGAGAUUCCGGGCGUUGACAUGGAUGCAACGUUGAACUGCAUCCUUAAGACUACGAAAAUCGUCGACGAAACGGGAGCUGGAAAUUUCUACAGUUUGUUCGAUCCGAUGGCCGUUUUCGAAGAUGAAACCCGGAGGCUUAACCAUAAUCUUGAGGCGUGCAUGACCCGGCGAUUGAAAUACACCCUGCCGGAACCUCAGCGUGCACAUGCGUUCUACAGGUGCAUGAUGGCAGGCGAGUCUCAGUACUCCUUCAAGAAGGUGUUUAAUGCCAGAGUUUGUAAUUGAAAGGGACAUGGCAGCUCCGGACCCGUGUCAACUGUUUAAAAAACAGUAAACUUCCAGUAAUGGCCUGUUGCAACUUUUUCAUGAAUAUUUUACUGAUAUAGCGAUGACUUAUAACGAUUUCAAAAACCACAUCACUGCGAUAUUGAUUGAUCAAGAGUAGUAACUUUAGAGUAAACAAUAUUCUCCUAAAGGAUUGCAGUGCCUUCGUUCGUAAACAAUAUAAAUUAUUCAUCGUACUCUAGAAUCAUAUAAAACAGCGACUCCGCAAAGCAACAGAAGUGGAUCAGCGUACAAUAGUGUCGUGGUCAAGAAAGUGGUUUGCUUCAAAUUUUGUUUCUUUAGCAAUCAAUUAUAAAAUUAAACUAACAAUAAAAAAUCAGAGACAGAUUGAAAACUACAAAAAAGUCUGAACAGUUUGAAACAAGAUGCAGUGGAAUAAACUGCUUUUAUGUUUUGGUUUCUUAAUGUGGUGCCUUCUGCAGGUGGAUGCCCAAUACGGGAAUAAUUGUAACAAUUUAAUGAGCGCCAAAACGAAGAAGACACUAUGUGGCGCUAAAAAGUACAAAGCCAUCAAAGGUGUUGAUAUGGACAAAUUGUUGGACUGCGUGCUAAAGGCGUCGAAGAUCGUGGAC